AUGACCGCUACAACCGUCAUCAUCGACGAAGGAUCCAGCCAGGUGAAGCUGUGCUGGCAGGAAGACGACCAGCUCAAGACAUACAUGAUCAAGUCCAGAGGCAGCUAUACCCUGGAAAGUACGCUGGAUGGCGGCGUAAGUGAUACCGUGUAUAACGUCGAUGGCGUGGACAUCAAUAUUGAUGACAGGGUAAGUAACCCCAUUGAUACCAACAGCGACCACUACCAGACAUCCGACAUCAACCGCGCCCUGGUGCAUCACGCCCUGAGGGAAGCCGGAUUUGGUGGAAAAAAGGUAGACCUGAUGGUCACCCUCCCGGUUGAUACCUUCUACCGCAACAGCACCAAGAGAGACGCCAAGAAGUCACACAUCCAGAAGCCGGUAACCCAUGUCAACGGCCUGCCACUGGCUACCAUCAACAGUGUCAUGGUGGCACCAGAGGCCGUUUCAGUGCUGGAUUCCAUUCGGCUGAACGACUCCGGCGAGCUGCUGCCAGAGUAUGAGGAUCUGAGCAAGGUACUGAUCGUGGACAUCGGAGGCACCACAACAGACAUCACCAUUGUUACCAGAAGAAAUACCACCGAAGGCCACGCCAGUGUCCGUAUCGGGGUAUUCGACAUCGCCAGGAACCUGAAGCAGCAGCUGUUCAAUGACCCGUCCAUCGAGGCACGGGAACCGUCCAUGGAUACCCUCGACCAUACCCUGAGAACCGGCACUUUCCGGAAAAAGGACGUUUCCAGACACAUCGCAGCCGCCUGCGAGCCGGUAAAGAGCCGUAUCCUGAGCGCCAUUACCCCACUGGUUCCUGACCCUGAGGAACUGGACUUUGUCUGCUAUGUCGGCGGUGGUGCCAACCUGCUGGCAGAGCCCCUGUCCAGAGCUUACGGCGGCAACACCAUCACUCACUCCGAUCCGGAAUUUGCCGUGGCUGUCGGAUUGAUGAAAAACGAGCUCAGCUAUGCAACGACUGAAUAA